UGUGGAAAAAUUUUGGUCUUUUUGUGUGGGCUCGCCAUGGAUACGAAGGCGAAGGAUGGUGAUGCGGAGCAACCUACAAAAACCCCCAAAGAAGAACCUGCCCUAUUUGAUCCGAGCCGGAUGAUUGGCAUCAUCAAAAGGAAGGCCUUGAUCAAAGAGCUUGCAGCUGCAUACCAUACCGAGUGUGUUGCCCACUGUCAGGAACUUCUGCAACUUCAGAGAAAGUGGGAGGAGCUGCAGUACAUUGAGAGAAAGGCCUCUGAGGAUACAAAGCAGUUGACGAAGCCGUCGAAACGCCCCAAGAAGGGCCUUUAAAUUUUAAAGGAUCUUCACGCCAAAAACCCUCGUUUGUGAUUACAGUAAAUAAUCAGUUCAUUGUGAAAGUCUCUUUGUAUUUGCAAUACAUAUUAUUCUCUCCUCGCUGUGAUAUAUGUAUCUCUAAGCUCACAUGUUUAACCAACAUAGAUCUGAGGUUUUCACCAUCAUUUUUAUGCAUUGGAGGAGCGGAGCUCUAAAGUUCUUACCAGUUUAAUCAAAUCAUUUCGGUUUUGUUUAAA